AUGUCCAAUCCAGGCCAAAUCUCCCCCCUCCGCCCAAUCACCCGACACAUCACCACCCACAACGCCGCAGGCAAAGCAGUCCUCCAUUCCUCGACGCCAGGCCAAUGGAAAUCCUACGAUGAAAGCCACAUGGCCUUCAACGUAGUCUACACAACCUCCGAAUUCCCCGCAAACCUCAACGGGGACGCCGAUCUGGCCGCCCACGACAAAGUCCAGCAAUCCGGAAACCUGGGACUAGUCAACCCCAAGGGCACGGUGUGUCGGGUCGUCGACUUUGCGCCCGGCAACCCGUGCGUGGUCCACCGCACGCAGAGCCUGGAUUAUGGGAUCGUGUUGGAGGGGACUGUUGAGAUGGUACUUGAGGAAGGAGAGGCUACUGUGAUGCAGAGAGGGGAUAUUGCGGUGCAGAGGGCUACGAUGCAUGGAUGGCGGAAUCCGAGUGCGACGGAGUGGGCGAGGAUGGCCUUUGUCUUGCAAGAUUGUCAGCCGCUGGUUGUUGGGGGGAGGCGUUGA